AGCGAGUCAAACUGAAUUAAGUUUCCCCUUACGAUGCAGCUCAUAAUUGCAACACAGCCAUAAAUGGUGUUGUAUCUUCUGCACCCCAUUAUAAGUACCCAUUAUCAAGAUUCUUUAAGGGUUCAAACUUUCAAUUCAGUUCUGGGGGUUCAUCAUAACAGACGGUGUAGCCGCUCUCUUUGCAAAUUGUCACCUUUCAUCGCUACAAAAUUUUCAGAGCGGUGAAGUACUGAAAAGGAUUCUGUAGUUAAUUAGAUGAUGAAUAUGGCUUCUUCAACUCAAUUUGCUCCCUCGAGAAGGAUGGGUAUAUAUGAUGCCGUGCAGCAGAUGAGCAUGUGGGAAGACACAUUAAGGGCUCACAUGACACCAGACACAGGUGUCUCCAUAUUCACAAAAGCGGAUCCAAGUCUAAGUAGCAAGUCUGAAUGUACAUCCAAGGAACCAUUGAUACCUCCCAUAGAGAGUCAAGCAACAAGAAGUAUUUCCGAUAAGGUACUAAGACGUCUCGCACAGAAUCGUGAAGCUGCCCGUAAAAGCCGUUUAAGGAAAAAGGCUUAUGUUCAGCAACUGGAAACCAGCCGUUUGAAAUUGGCCCAAUUGGAAUUGGAAAUUGACAGAGCUAGACAGCAGGGUGCCUGUAUUGGAGGUGCAGUUGCUAAUGUGGGAUUUACUGGAAGUAUAAAUCCAGGAAUUGCUGCUUUUGAGAUGGAGUAUGGUCAUUGGGUAGAUGAGCAACAGAGAAAAACUUCAGAACUCAGGAAUCUUUUGCAGUCUCCAAUAAGUGACUUGGAGCUAGAAAUGGUUGUAGACAAUUUAUUAAACCACUAUCAUGAUCUCUUCCGGAUGAAAGCAGAUGCAGCCAAAGCUGAUGUCUUUUACUUGGUUUCUGGUGUCUGGAGAACUUCAGUGGAGCGCUUUUUCCAGUGGAUUGGAGGGUUUCGUCCAUCAGAGCUUGUAAAUAUUUUAAUGCCAGCACUGGAACCCUUGACUGAUCAACAGCUUGUUGAUGUUUGUAAUCUGCGUCACUCAUGUCAGCAAGCUGAGGAUGCUCUCUCACAAGGAAUUGACAAGCUACAGCAGAAUCUGGCUCAAAGCAUUGCAGCUGAUCCAAUGGUAGUGGGGAAUUAUGGUUCCCAGAUGGCUUCUUCUAUAGAGGACUUCGAAGCACUGGAGACCUUUGUUAACCAGGCAGAUCACCUUCGGCAGCAAACUCUGCUGCGAAUGUCUAGCCUCUUAACAACUCGCCAGGCAGCAAGGGGAUUGCUUGCUUUUGGGGAGUAUUUCCAACGUCUCCGUGCUCUUAGCUCACUUUGGGCUGCUCGACCUUGCGAUGCAGCAGCCUAGCCAUCUACAACAGGAACCAUAUUCGAGCAGAAUAUGUAACCAGAAUUUUGCUUAGCAACACUACCAUGUAAACCUAUUUGUAUUAUAGCCACCUUGUCGUACUUAUAUGUUCAGAAUGUGUAUACAUGUAUUAAGAUGAUACAAUCAUAUUUCUAUAGUUCCUCAGUUUGAUCUUUAGAAUGCUCAAUUCCUGUCUCGACUAUCCUAAAUGCAA